AUGGAUCAAAACCAGACAGAAGUGGUGAGAUAAUUUUUCUUGUCAGGCUUCUCACAGACAUCAUCUAUUGAAGCAGGACUAUUUGUACUAUUUCUUUUCUUCUAUGUGUCCACUUGGGUUGGCAAUGUCCUCAUCAUGGUCACAGUAGCAUCUGAUAAAUACCUGAAUUCAUCACCCAUGUAUUUCCUUCUUGGCAACCUCUCAUUUCUGGACCUAUGUUAUUCAACAGUAACGACCCCUAAGCUUCUGGCUGACUUCCUUAAUCAUGAAAAGCUCAUUUCCUAUGACCAAUGCAUUGUGCAACUCUUCUUCCUGCAUUUUGUAGGGGCAGCUGAGAUGUUCCUGCUCACAGUGAUGGCCUACGAUCGCUAUGUUGCAAUCUGUCGCCCACUGCACUACACCACUGUCAUGAGUCGGGGGUUAUGCUGUGUGCUGGUUGCUGUCUCCUGGAUGGGAGGAUUUGUGCACUCCACUGUCCAGACCAUUCUCACUAUCCGUCUACCCUUUUGUGGGCCAAAUCAGGUGGACACGUUUUUUUGUGAUGUCCCCGUCAUCAAACUUGCUUGUGCUGACACUUUUGUCAUUGAACUGCUCAUGGUAUCUAAUAGUGGGUUGAUCUCCACCAUCUCCUUUGUGGUGCUGAUUUCCUCCUACACCACUAUCCUAGUCAAGAUUCGCUCCAAGGAAGGAAGGCGAAAGGCACUCUCCACGUGUGCCUCUCACCUCAUGGUGGUAACACUCUUUUUUGGACCCUGUAUUUUCAUCUACGCUCGUCCUUUCUCUACAUUUUCUGUGGACAAGAUGGUGUCUGUACUCUACAAUGUUAUUACCCCAAUGCUAAACCCCCUCAUCUACACACUUCGGAACAAAGAGGUAAAGUCAUCCAUGCAGAAGCUCUGGGUCAGAAAUGGACUUACUUGGAAAAAGCAGGAGACAUGA